AUGGAGGUGGACACGGAGGAGAAGCGCCAUCGCACGCGGUCCAAAGGGGUUCGAGUUCCCGUGGAGCCAGCCAUACAGGAGCUGUUCAGCUGUCCCACCCCUGGCUGUGACGGCAGUGGUCAUGUUAGUGGCAAAUAUGCAAGACACAGAAGUGUCUAUGGCUGUCCCUUGGCAAAAAAAAGGAAGACACAAGAUAAGCAGCCCCAGGAGCCUGCUGCCAAGCGGAGACCCUUUGCGGUGAAGGCCGACAGUGCCUCCGUGGAUGACUGCUACGAGAGCGAUGGCACCGAGGACAUGGAUGAAAAGGAGGAGGAGGAUGACGACGAGGAAGAGGAGUACUCCGAGGACAACGAGGAGGCCGGGGAUGACGAGGAAGACGAGGAGGUGGACCGAGAGGAGGAGGAGGAGAUCGAGGAGGAGGAGGAGGACGACGACGAUGACGAGGAGGAUGGGGAAGACGUGGAGGACGAAGAAGAGGAAGAGGAGGAGGAGGAGGAGGAGGAGGAGGAAGAGGAGGAAGAAGAAAACGAAGACCAUCAAAUGAAUUGUCACAGUUCUCGAAUAAUGCAAGACACAGAAAAGGAUGAUAACAAUAAUGAUGAGUACGAUAAUUACGAUGAACUGGUGGCCAAGUCGCUGCUAAAUCUUGGCAAAAUUGCCGAGGAUGCAGCCUACAGAGCCAGGACUGAGUCAGAAAUGAACAGCAACACCUCCAACAGUCUGGAAGAUGACAGUGACAAAAACGAAAACCUGGGUCGGAAAGGGGAGUUAAGUUUAGACUUAGACAGUGACGUUGUUAGAGAAACGGUGGACUCCCUUAAGCUCUUGGCACAAGGACAUGGUGUUGUGCUCUCAGAGAACAUCAGUGACAGGAGUUACGCAGACAGCAUGGCACAGCAGGACGGCAGGAACAUGAACUACGUCAUGCUGGGGAAGCCCAUGAACAACGGGCUGGUGGAGAAGAUGGUGGAGGAGAGCGACGAGGAGGUGUGCCUGAGCAGCCUGGAGUGCCUGCGCAACCAGUGCUUCGACCUGGCCCGCAAGCUCAGCGAGACCAGCCCGCAGGACAGGGGCCAGCCGCCAAACAUGAGCCUGCGCCAGCACACCAGGCAGGAGGACGACUUCCCGGGGAGGACGCCGGACAGGAACUACUCAGACAUGAUCAACCUCAUGCGGCUGGAAGAGCAGCUGAGCCCCCGGUCCAGGGUGUUUUCCAGCUGCGCCAAGGAGGACGGGGGGCAUGAGCGGGACGACGACACCACCUCCGUCAACUCGGACAGGUCCGAGGAGGUGUUUGACAUGACCAAGGGGAAUCUGACCCUGCUGGAGAAAGCGAUUGCUCUGGAGACGGAGCGCGCCAAGGCCAUGCGGGAGAAGAUGGCCAUGGAGGCAGGCAGGAGGGACGGCAUGAGACCGUAUGAGGACCAGUCCCCCAGACAGCUUCCCGGCGAGGACAGGAAGCCCAAGUCCACUGACAGCCAUGUCAAAAAGCCAUACUAUGAUCCCUCAAGAACAGAAAAGAAAGAGAGCAAGUGUCCAACCCCCGGGUGCGAUGGAACCGGCCACGUGACUGGGCUUUACCCCCAUCACCGCAGUCUGUCCGGAUGCCCGCACAAAGAUAGGGUCCCUCCAGAAAUCCUUGCCAUGCACGAAAGUGUUCUCAAGUGCCCCACUCCGGGCUGCACAGGGCGAGGGCACGUGAACAGCAACAGGAACUCACACAGAAGCCUUUCUGGAUGUCCCAUUGCUGCAGCAGAGAAACUGGCAAAGGCCCAGGAAAAACACCAGAGCUGUGAUGUGUCCAAGUCUAACCAGGCCUCGGACCGAGUCCUAAGGCCCAUGUGCUUCGUAAAGCAGCUGGAGAUUCCUCAGUACGGCUACAGAAACAAUGUCCCCACAACCACGCCACGCUCCAACCUGGCCAAGGAGCUCGAGAAAUAUUCCAAGACCUCGUUUGAAUACAGCAGCUACGACAACCAUACUUAUGGCAAGCGAGCCAUAGCUCCCAAGGUGCAAACCAGGGAUAUGUCCCCCAAAGGAUAUGACGAUGCGAAGCGGUACUGCAAGGACGCCAGCCCCAGCGGCAGCACCACCAGCAGCUACGCACCCAGCAGCAGCAGCAACCUGAGCUGCGGCGGCGGCAGCAGCGCCAGCAGCACCUGCAGCAAGAGCAGCUUCGACUACACGCACGACGUGGAGGCGGCCCACAUGGCGGCCACGGCCAUCCUCAACCUGUCCACGCGCUGCCGCGAGAUGCCGCAGAACCUGUCCACCAAGCCGCAGGACCUGUGCGCCGCGCGGAACCCUGACAUGGAGGUGGAUGAGAACGGGACCCUGGACCUCAGCAUGAACAAGCAGAGGCCAAGGGACACCUGCUGCCCCAUCCUGACGCCCCUGGAGCCCAUGUCCCCCCAGCAGCAGGCAGUGAUGGACAGCAGGUGUUUCCAGCUGGGCGAGGGGGAUUGCUGGGACCUGCCUGUUGACUACACCAAGAUGAAGCCCCGGAGGAUAGACGAGGACGAGUCCAAAGAGAUAACGCCGGAAGAGCUGGACCCGUUCCAGGAGGCUCUCGAAGAAAGAAGGUACCCAGGGGAGGUGACCAUCCCAAGUCCAAAACCCAAGUACCCGCAGUGCAAGGAGAGCAAAAAGGAUUUGAUAACUCUGUCGGGCUGCCCGCUGGCUGACAAAAGCAUCCGGAGCAUGCUGGCCACCAGCUCCCAAGAACUCAAGUGCCCCACCCCUGGCUGCGACGGCUCUGGACACAUCACUGGGAAUUACGCCUCUCACCGGAGCCUUUCAGGGUGCCCCAGGGCGAAGAAGAGCGGCAUCCGCGUGGCACAGAGCAAGGAGGACAAGGACGACCAGGAGCCCAUCAGGUGUCCAGUGCCCGGCUGUGACGGCCAGGGCCACAUCACGGGGAAGUACGCCUCCCACCGCAGCGCCUCGGGGUGCCCCUUGGCGGCCAAGAGGCAGAAGGAUGGGUACCUCAACGGCUCCCAGUUCUCCUGGAAGUCGGUCAAGACGGAGGGCAUGUCCUGCCCCACGCCCGGCUGCGACGGCUCGGGGCACGUCAGCGGCAGCUUCCUCACGCACCGCAGCUUAUCCGGGUGCCCGAGAGCCACGUCGGCGAUGAAGAAGGCGAAGCUGUCCGGCGAGCAGAUGCUGACCAUCAAACAGCGUGCCAGCAAUGGUAUAGAGAAUGAUGAAGAAAUCAAACAGUUGGAUGAAGAAAUCAAGGAGCUAAAUGAGUCCAAUUCGCAGAUGGAAGCUGACAUGAUCAAACUCAGAACUCAGGUAACAAUCACCACGAUGGAGAGCAACCUCAAGACCAUCGAAGAGGAGAACAAGGUGAUCGAGCAGCAGAACGAGUCCCUGCUCCACGAGCUGGCCAGCCUGAGCCAGUCGCUGAUCCACAGCCUGGCCAACAUCCAGCUGCCGCACAUGGAGGAUGGUGUAUGGUGGGGGCAAUAAAUGAGGUUUUUUGCAUUCCAAGGAAAUGACAUGUGGAUUAACUGUAAGAAAUGAGAUAAGUAAUUUGUUGUAAGACAACAUCAAGCCAUGGAAACUUGGCAGAAGAUUCAAAGCAGCUUAAACAGCACUUUUAAAUUAACUCCUAGACAUCACAUGGUGAGACCGUGGAAGCGUCAGUUCAGACAGGAGCUGGUCAGAGGUCGACCCUGCGAAGAUGUCCUUUCCUUGUCAAUACACUGGAACCAGCUUCUCGUGCCCCUAGAGCCCGCUGCCCUCUGAGCUGCCUGUCCGGCCACGCAGCUCGCCGAGCAGAGUCUGCGUGUUUUCAGUUUAAGCUAAAAGACCAUUUACGAGCAUUUACUUCCCCUUCUCACCUUUACGCAUUAUUACUGUCAUUAAUCUUAUUAUUUGAGGGGUAAAGGCAAAUGAUUCGUGAGAGUUCUAGUUACUGGACUGAAUUUUCUGCUGGAUCUGGUGAAAAAGCAGCUCAGUAAACCCCCCUGACUUUGACGAGCGUCUGGGCCCCCGAGAGUCCUCCCACGUGGCAUUGGUGUCCCUCCCCCCGGAGACCAGGGACCACAGAGCAUUGGCAUAGCCUGUCAUUUGAGUAUUGUGACCUAUUCUAAGAAUGAAUGCAAUCAGAUUUUAAAAGUAACUAAAUAUACUUCAGCACUUUUUUGCUUUACACUAGAUCAUCUUAGACUUGUUUAAGCCCUCGAGGUCGGACUGUUUCCCGCCAACGACUGCGCUGUCUGCCUAAGACCCCUGUGGCUGCUGCGUCCUCCUGAGUAGUCCGUUGAUGAUGUGUUGUGUUCCUGACGUUGACUUGAUUUACAUUAAUAGCAUCUCUUCCUUCCAUGUCUUGAUGUUAUGCAGGAAGUACAAAAGUACUUUAAAAUUUUGUUAUGAAAUAAAAAAAAGAUGGGUUUUGUAAAAAUAAAAAAAAAAUAUUUUUAGCAGAACAGGACUUACAGGGUCAUUGUCCCCACAAUGUGCCAGUCGACUAUUUGCACUCGCCUUGUCCUAUAUGUCCGUGCGGAGGUGUGCAAUUCCCGUGUCGGCAGCCUUGCGACGCUGGACCCGGGUGGAGUACGGAGGAGCCCUCGCGGCUGAUCAAUGAUGUUGGGAAGAGAGGACUACAGGGAUCCCAAGACAAUAUUCUGAUACAAUAUCAACCUCGGUAUAUAUAUAUAUGUAUAAAUAUAUGUAUAUCCCAGCGGCACUUUAUACUGUCCACUGUACAAACGCUUACAGUUUUCCACGAGGACUUUACUAACAGCUGGGAGAAGACGAUGUAAUUACCGGGCUCUGCGGAACCUGCGUGCACAGCCCCCUCCUGUUGCUAUGGUUGCAGCCGCCGUGCUCAGAAUUGCCUUGGAGCUGAAGCAAGGUGCUCGCAGUCCCCGGGCCCCGCCCGCCGGGCCCCUGUUCAUAGCAGCAUCUGCAUCCCCACGCGUCCGUCUGCAGCUUCCUCGCCAAUAUAGUAACGCUUUUAGUAGAGUAUAGAUAGCAUCGGUUUUGGAUUCUUAUUGUUAUCACCUAUGUACAAUGGAAAGGGAUUUUAAGCACAAAUCUGCUGCUCAUCUAACGUUGGUACAUAAUAUCAAAUCAAAAGUUAUCUGUGACUAUUAUAUAGGGAUCACAAAAGUGUCACAUAUUAGAAUGCUGACCUUUCAUAUGGAAUUAUUGUGAGUCAUCAGAGUUUAUUUAUUAUAACUUAUUGUUCAUAUUCAUUUCUAAGUUAAUUUAAGUAAUCAUUUAUUAAGACAGAAUUUUGUAUAAACUAUUUAUUGUGCUCUCUGUGGAACUGAAGUUUGAUUUAUUUUUGUACUACACGGCAUGGGUUUGUUGACACUUUAAUUUUGCUAUAAAUGUGUGGAAUCACAAGUUGCUGUGAUACUUCAUUUUUAAAUUGUGAACUUUGUACAAAUUUUGUCAUGCUGGGUGUUAACACAUCUUACUCUAAAUAAAAAAGGUGUUGCCACAUUUGUAGCACGAAGGAUCUCUAA